GACCGCGGCGGAAGUGCGGGACUCGUAAACUGUCGCCGGGAAGAUAACGUCCUUAGCCAUUUUCUUGUAGACUUUAAUGGAUAAACAGCGCCUUUUAGCUAACUUUGGGUUACAUCUGGCAAUAAACAUGGGUUUAUUCUAAAACUAUAAACGGUUAUAUUGCGUUUUUGUGUUGUACUUGUCAUCGUUUUUGCUUAUUUUAGCCGCGGUAGCUCGGCGCGUGUCGAGGACGAAGGCUGACAAAUGUCAAGACCACGGUCCAGAUCACCAAAUUACAGGAGGUUCCCAUGGGAGGAGCCAGACUUUGAUCCUCACAAAGUCAUUGCAGAACUGGAUGGGAAUCCGUCGGACAGGAGCAGCCGCCCCAGAGAAGAUCCUGAAGAACACUGGAACUAUUUCAGUGAAGACAUGUACCCUGAAGGCCAUAGAAGAUCCCCUCCUUUCUUAGAUGACCGUCAGUAUGGGCAUCAGCGUCAUCCAAACCCGGAGGAAUCUUACCGCCGGAGACCACCAUCACCCCGUCAUGAGGCGAUGGGCUUUGAUGACGAGCGGAGGCUUUCCCCGCUGCAUGUCGGAGGAGGAGAUCCAGAUAGAGGCAGAGGAGGGUUUAGAGAACUCUUCGAGAGUUUUCAAAAGAGGGAGAGGUUGCCCGAGUCGCCUCCAAGGUUUGCGAGGGAAAGAUUGCCGCCGACACCAAGGUCCCACUCUGACCACCAGCAGAGGGAGCUGGGGACGGGCUGGAGGAGAGAGGAGCAGGGUAGGGGUGGAGGAAGGUUCAGAGAGCUCAGUCCUGGUGUGAGGUUGGAUGACCAAAGAGGGGGAGCAGGUAGGGAGAGAGGAAGGAGGAACCAACAGGGUCUUAAUAGAGACAGGCGAAGAGAGGAUCCACAUCAUGAGAGGAGCCCCCCCUUUAAAAGGCAAAGAAGAGAAAUGGAUGACCCCACUCACCUCGGGUACGGGAAUAAGGAGGACUUUGGGGAACAGCGUUACUCAGUGCACACACCCAGAGACAGGUUUGGUGGAGACACUCAGGGGAGCCUCCCCCGUGGAGAAAUCCGCCAGUCGGGACCACUCGUCAUUGAACAUGAUCAUGGCAUUACAGACCACAUAGAGCCGACACAGUGGAAACAAUUUGGCGGUCGCAGAGAUCUCGACCCUGACUUUGUCCGUCAGAGGAGUCCCCGUCCAAUGGGCUCCUCUCAGGAGCGUUUCAGGGAUACGGACAGCAGGUUGGAUGAUCGAGAAGAUGCAAGAGGACGCCAUUUUCAGGACAACUUGAGAGACAAGAACUAUAAUGAAACUAGGAGGAACCCUACACCGCAAGAUAGACCAAACCACAUGAGAUAUGGUAAUCGAGAUGGUCCCGUGAACCACAGGGGGAGGGGUGGUCCUCGCCCAGCAAGAGGCCAGUUCAGUCGUGGCCAGGGUGGAAGGAAUGGACCACCCAGGAAUCAGCCACGCUUACUGCAGCCUGCCAAAGGAUACCAAGAGCUUCCUCGUGAGGAGCAAAGACCGGGCUACCGACCGUUCAGAGAGGAUAGUUUCGAGGAUCCCAUCGAUGGAGAGCCUGACUGGGCAGAAGAAGACAGACUUCAGAAGUGGGAACCUCGCAGGUCUGGAAGUCUGGACCGACACUCACAGAGGGACGACUUGGACCCCAAAAUGCCCCGUCAGAGGGAGCGAGGAUGGAGCAAUCAGAAAAGCAACAACACAGCCAUUGAAACGGAGGAAACGUUAACCAUCAAAGUCGACAUGAGCCGGCCCGUAAACAAAAACAGCUCGCUGUGUUACUCCUCAGACAGGCAGCUCUCUUUGGACCUGGUGAACGUUGGCCGCCAGCGUCUGGACUUCCUGCCCAUGCUGGAGCACUCCGGCACGUACCGGGAGUCCGCCAUGCACACUGGGACCUUCGCCCAGGAGAUCAUCACUCUGGUGCAUCAUGUCAAAGAACAGUAUUUCCGAGAUGAUGGCAUCACUCUGAAUGAACGGUUCUCAUCGCCACAAAAAGGCGGCUACCCUGAAGACGAGGCGGAGGAGGAGCUGACGCUGGACGAGAGAUUCAGUUCAAACCGAGGCUUCAGUUUAAACAUGAACUCGUUGCUGGACGACGACGAGCCGCUGUUCUCCAGACUGGGACCCCUGCAGCCGGUUCGAGGCCCGGGGGACCUGAGACACGACCUGGAGAGGAGGAGACAGGAGAGACUGGAGGGGGUGAAGGUCACCAUCUCAGGGAGCGCCGGGACCCCUGCUGCCCAUUGGGUCACUCAGGUGGGAUUAAACUACUUCUAUGGGUACAGUGACAACAGCGAAAUGUCUCAGAAUGACGACGAAGGUUUCUCCAACUGGCCAGAGGAGCAGAGCCGGAGACGAGAGGGCAACAUGGGACCAAGGAGAGGAGGAGCUCCCUUCAGGCCCAACAACUCCGCCCAGCGCAGGAACAACCGCCCCGUCAACCGGCUCGGACCAAUGAGGCGACAGAACAACCGCAACAACCCAGCAGGUCCAAACUGGUGAUCGGACACUGGACAGGUGCCGUUGAUUUGACUGUAAAAAAAAACAAAAAAAACAGCCACUUAAAAAAGGAUUUUGUCUUCGUCCCGGGCGGAUUCUUAUCGAACUGUGAAGAAAUCUCUGCUCUGUUCUCGGGCAGCAGAUUGAGUGACAAAUUUAUCAGCGUUGAUACCUGCAAAUAUUUUAAAUUCACACCUGUUCUGUCCUUCAUCGUUCCUUUAUUUGUGUCAGUAUUUUCACGUUUCACACUUUCUCUUUAUACGUGUGGUGUUUAAAAUCAAACGCUCGCCUUUUUAUUAUGGCAGCUUUUGUUUUGAAUCGUCUCCAUCUGUACCGUUAGAGAUCUUACUGCAGCUGAAGGUGAAAUACUUAAAAAACAACACGUAUGAAGUUAUGGGACCUUAAACUGACAUUUUUCCUCCCGCCCAGUUAUCAGUGAAGUUUCACGUCACAGAUGAAGAUUUAGCUGCUUGUUGAUUUGUUGUUUUCUUUAUUUGUUUCUUGAUCAUCUGUCUUCAGUUUUGUCUGUACAGCUCAGUAUAACACAACACCAGCCUGACUGUCACAUGACGGUGCCGCUGAAUAAAUAAAACAUUUGUCAAGUUUGA